GCGGAAACUACGAACUCUGUAACACACACAUAACCCAUAGGCUGCUGGAGCUGGAUCCUCUAGAUCUGCAACCAUGGAGCGAGUAGUGAAUGCAAGGGUCUUUGAGGAGACGUUGACCAAGGAACAACUGGAUGACAUGAUCAAGAAGAAUAUCCGACCAGACCACUGGGAAGAUGGCAUUGCCUCCUACUUCAGGAUACAGAAGAUCAUCGAUCUCCUGGAGGAUGAACGCCUUCCUUUGGAUCCCCAUCUGGACACUGCCAUCUCUGUCCUGUCCGAUGGCAAAGCUAAGAUCCGCAACCAGUCGCACAAAAAAUUCUGCCGGGAUAUCAGAGCUAAGGUGGAUGAUCUUGAGAAUCAGUCGGACGAGGAUCUCUCCCAGCCUGUAGAGUGCCUUGUACCAGGUUGCUUCCCAAUAGGACCAGAGUGUGAGUCGCUUGGAAUCUACGGUGAUGUUCUUUGUGACGAGGAGAAGCAGUUUCCCAAGCCGAUAAGUCCUAGCAGGGUUACGAACAGAUUGAUGUUUGAGCUAAGUGAAUAUGUGACUCGUAUCAAGGAAACGUACCAGAACGUGGCUGGAUGGAUCAAGAAAAUAAUGGGGUGGGGCGAUGAAUGUGCCCUUCCAGCAACGCUGGUUGAGGAAUGGUGCAACACAUUGACGAGAGAGACCAUGAGGAAGAAAAAUAGGAGCUUACUCGUAGCUCAGAAAUACCUCCUCGAAAAAUUUGAAUUCCCUGGGUUAGUGGUUCCUUCGAAGAACAAAAGCAGUGAGGAUGUGGAUAUGCCAACUGCAGGACUAUUCAAUGGCGGUGAAAUGGAUGGGAAAUCAGACACGAGAAACACAGCUGAUAUUGAAAAUGGCUCUUCAGGGGAUCAUGCUGAGAAUGACAAUGAAGAUCAUGUCAACAAAGAGAUUGGCAGUGAGGAAAAUAUGGAUAUCUCGGAAGAUCUCCAAGAAGGCACAGAAGUAAAGAAGACACCAAGUAAAAAGUUGUUGGUAACGUCAUCUUCAUCUGGUAAUGGUGAUAGUGAGAAAGCGGAAAGUCCUACUGAUAAUGGGGGUGUUGAUGAGGAUACGGAGGAUGGAGGGGACAAACAGAAUGAUGAGGAUAAUGGAAGUACAAAGGAGAAUGGGAGCAAUGAGGAGGAAUCCGAUGAAACGUCACCACCUCCAAGGCAGACUUCAUCUAGAAGUGCAGCCAAAGCUGCUAUUGGCAAAAUUGUUAAACCAGAACCUAAGAGACCUUCUAGGCAAGCUACCCAGGCAGCAGUAGCAGCCUCGAGCCAGAAGCCCAAAAGGCAAUCUGCUCCCUCCAGGAAUACAAGAAGCAGAGCCCCCAUCAAGAAAACUCCUCCAAAAGUCCAAAGAUCUUCUGGAAGCAGGUCUCGUAAAAGGAAACUUGAGUCAUCUGAUGACGCUAGCAAUCCAGAUGAGGAUGACGAUGAUGAUGAAGAUGAGAAUGACGACGAUUAUGAGGAUGAAGAGGAGGAUGAUGAUGAGGAGGAUAAUGACGAGAGUAGCAUUGAGGAAGGUGAAGUAAAGAUUCUGAGAAGUAGGUCUACAAGAACUAAGGCUCAGAGAAGUGAGUCUGCAAAGACCAUUAUGAUCAAGAAGGAUAUCGCUGAGGCUUCUAAACUUUUCACCUCCAUCAGCAAAGUGGUACAUACCAUAAAGAAAGAAUUAAAAAUUGCCUUGGACUAUCUCGAAAGCGAGACCGAUAAGAUAAAUAAGAAUCUUCAAAAGGCUGAGAAAGUGCUUGAUAAAGUCAUAAAAUCUGUGAAAUAUGAAAACCUCAAAGACGAUAUCGAAGAUGAUGAUGAAAAUGAAGAUGAUGAAGAGGAGGACAAUAGUGGUGAAGAAGAAAGUGAGGAGGAAAUGCCAGUGAGAAAAACCAGGAGUUCACCCAAAACCAAGAAAAUAACUGUCCAAGUUAAGCAAGGCGUGAAAGACAAAUUAAAGAAAUCACAUGUCAAAGUGGAACGACUAAAUUCCAAAAGGGUCCCGCCAAGCAAUGCUGUCCGUAAUACAUCUCGAAAGGAAUCUACCCCUAUCCCAAAGGUUUCGCGGCCAAAAAGGGGGAGUACAUCUCCACGGCCAGUACUAUCAAAAGAUUCCCCAAAGAAAUCGUCAGGAGAAAUCAAAGAUUUUGACAAAGAAAAACUUUUUUCCAGUAGAUUAUCAGUGUCCCUGACAAAAAUAAGUCAAGUUCUUGUCAAGAGAGCUCUAGAGAGUGACCGCUGUUAUGAAGAAAGCGAGAUAGAGAUUUCACCUCCAAGACAAAGCCAUUCUUCAGAAAAUUCUGACGAGGAUAAGGAUGCUGAUGAUGAGCUGGAUGAUGACCAUGAUGACGAACAAGAGGUCAAAGAUGUCAAGAUUUCAAAGGUCACAAGGACAAAAUCAGGCAGAUUCAUCUCCACAAAAACUGUUCCACAGAGAUCUGCUGACCUGCGCUCUGGGAAGAAUCAACCUUCAAAAAAAGCCACUUCAGAAUCCCCAAAGGAUUCUGGUAACCUCGAUGGAGAUGAUUCUGUAGCCUCAAAGACCUCUAGGAGAAGUCCCAGGGGUAGAAGAGAUGAUAUUGUGAAGGAGAUCAACAAUACUGAAGAAGUCUUGAGUGAUGGAGAAAAGAAACGAACCACAAGGUCUACAAGGAGUGGAAAAACUAAAGAGGAUUUACCCAAGAGGGUGGAAGGCUCAUAUAGGUCUUUGAGGGAAAGGAGGGAAUCCCCAACUACUGAUGAAGAGGUUAAUAAACCAUCAACAAUGGACUCACCAUACAGUGGCAGUGAGGAUGAUGAUGACAGCAUUCCCAAGAAAUCACAGCAUACAGCUUUUGCUACUCUUGCUGCUGGGAUGACGUCUUUUGGGGAUCUGCGGAAAACAACCCCAAAGGAAAAGGUAAAGAAACGAUCACUAAAUGACUUUGUCAAAAAGCUCAACAGUCCAAAGCGGAGAAAGACAGACUCUGAAUCGGAAUCCUCUGCAAGAAGUAAAGGUGUCAAACAGCAGCCAGAUGACAGUGAAGAAGAUGGCACCGAAGUGAACGAAGAAGAUGACGACUUCCUCGAAAAACGGGCCGAAAAGGAAAUCGAAAAGCCAAACUCGAAUGGAUCUGCUGAACUGGCGGAGGAAAGUGCCGAUGAGCAACAAACUGUUGAUGAGAAAAUGGAUGAAACAACCGAAGAACAACCCGAAGAUGUGGAUCCCCAAACGAUAGAAGCUGCAGAACAUACUGAGAAUCCAAAAGAAGUCAACGCCGAAGCGGCACAGAUGGAAAAGGAGGUUGACAAGGAUGACGAUUUCCCUGGAGACGCGAUCAUUGGACGGCGCAUUCGCCAUCGCUGUAGCCUUGGAAAGCAUGGUUUGUAUAAGUGGUAUGAGGGAAAGGUUGUCCAUAAGAGUACAGCAAGUGAGCUGUUGAAACUGGACGAAGAACAGUUCGGUCAUCUGAACAAUCUGUACACCUUUUAUACCGUCAAGUACAACGAUAAUGACGAGCUCCAGGCCAAGGCGUUGGAGUAUGACUGGGACAGAGAAAAUUUGAAGAUCAUGUUAUGAGAAUUGAAGAUGCAUCCUUAACCCAUAGUCUCUGGAAAUGUCUUGUUUCUCACUUCAGUGUUGAUGUAAAAAUAUUAGUCGGCUGGAAUUUUGUUGCAUCCAAUGCUUUUCACUUCAAUUCAUCUUGAUAGGUUGAUCAUAUGCUUUUGCUCUGAAAUAUAUGAAUAUGUAGAACACAGAGCGAGGGAUGGUAUGAAAGGACCAAAUUAAUUCAUCGGUUUGUCUAUUCAGGGCCCCAUCUAACAAAGAGUUACGAUCGAUCCAAUCAAUCGUAACUCUAUGGAAAUCCAUCAGUGUCAUAAUUUUUUCUACAGGAA